CUUCCAACAAUCUACCAUAUUUUUGCACAACGAGUCAGUGUAGAAUACCGAUCAACCAUUUUCUCAUAUUUAGCUGCUUCAGGUUCAAUUGGUCAAACUUUCGCUGCCAUCAUUUGUCCACAUUUGACAUGGGAAGUUUCUUUUUAUCUGUUUGGUGCUAUCGGGCUUUACUGGUGUGUAUUAUGGAUUAAAUAUAGUUCAGACUUGCCUAAAUCUUUAUCUGUACAACUUUUAUGCCAAAAGACGAAGAAUCCUUUAAGAAGUUGGGAUCGAUUUAUUUUUUCUUCUCCACUUUUAGCGAUAUAUUUUGCUCAUUUCUGUAUGAAUUGGACUACUUAUGUGAUAAUGCAUUGGUUGCCAACAUAUCUUCGCGCUACGUUGCGUACUGAUUCCAUUGGUGUUUCUCUUGCUGCUUUACCUUAUCUAGCCAACAGUAUUUUUUCCAUUGGUUCGUCUAUUUUUUUUAUUAAUUGGCUUAUUUCGUUGAGUAUGGGCAUAUUGGCUUUCAAUUCUGCGGGACAUCUCAGUAAUCAUGUCGAUGUUGCUCCGAAUUAUGCUGGAAUAACAUUUGCUAUUUCAAAUACCAUCGCCACCUUGCCUGGUCUGACCGUAGGCCCCUUCACAGCAAAGCUUGUCAUCGAUUCUUCUGGUCGUUGGUGGCCUGCUUUUAUAUUAGCUGGUGUUUUAAAUUUUGUUGGAGCAAUUGUUUAUGUAAAUUAUGCAUCGGUCAAAAAAGUUGUCUAA